AUGUCGCCUCGUGGAAGGAAUGGAGGUGAUAUCUGCGCCAUAUACGUGCAUGCAGGCGCAGGGUUCCACAGUUAUCAAAACGAACGGCUGCACCUGGAUGCCUGCAACGAUGCAGCAAAAGUCGCCAUGACUUUGCUAAAAAACGGUGGCUCUGCCCUCGACGCAGUCGAGGCGGCUCUCAGAUUGAUGGAAGAUCGAGAGAUCACCAACGCCGGAUAUGGCAGUAACCUCACCGCUGAAGGCACUGUUGAGUGCGAUGCCACGAUAGUGGAUCAUCAUGGUCGCAGUGGAGCUGUCGGUGCCUGUUCUUUUGUCAAGAACCCGAUUUCUGUUGCUCGUCUUCUCCUCAACUGUCAAAAUAAACCGCUUCCUCUGCAACGAGUACCCCCGAAUUUUCUAGUUGGCCAGGGCGCUACAGAUUUUGCUUAUGACCAUGGCCUGUCAAUUGUGCCGGGAGACUAUCUUGUAUCUCCAACAGCUAAAACACGGUGGUUACGAUGGCAACAUGAACUUGAAGAAAGCCGCAAACAAGAGCUAGAAGGCGUAACCCAAGAAAACUCCGUUUUCCCUCACAUCUCUGCAACGGUAGAUCCUGCUGUUCUCAUGACUCCUCCUUCUAGCCUCAACGACGACAACCCUCAUAAAGCCAAUACUACCCCUCUCACCAAUAUCGACCUCGUUCAACGCGAAACAAGACUAAAUACCGGUGAUGGCGAAACCAAGUAUCUAGAUCAUGGCCGUCUUUCUAGUCUCGAAAGGAAAAGCCCUCUCGGCAGAUCACUCUCUGACAAUGACCAAUACACCGAUUUUAUCGAACCUCCUAGAAAUGAGGGAGAUGAGGACGGUAUUACUGACACAAUUGGUGCCAUUGCUAUUGAUUGCUACGGCAACGUUGCAGCCGGGUCGUCAUCUGGUGGAAUUGGAAUGAAACACCGCGGACGAAUUGGACCAGCAGCCUUGAUUGGAAUUGGCACAGCGGUGAUUCCUGUGGAUCCUCUUGACCCUGAGCAGACCAGUGUAGCCGCAGUCACAUCUGGCACAGGUGAACAUAUCGGCACCACAUUGGCAGCAAGCACCUGUGCAACUCGGAUCUACUACAGCGAUCGCGAGGACGAAAAUGGGAUGACUGAAAACGUAACGGAGGAGGAAGCCAUCAAAUCCAUGGUUGACAAAGAUUUCAUGGAACACCCGGGCGUGAAACACAGCCAUUGUGAGGCUGCGAUUGGGGUCAUGGCUGUAAAGAAGAUGAAGGAGGGUCUAUAUUUGUUCUUCUGCCACAAUACAGAUUCAUUCGCGUUGGCAUCUAUGACUUCGGAAGAUAAAAUGCCUCGCUGUGUGAUGUCCCGGCGCCCUCGGCAAGGUACCACAGCGCAGGGAGGACGGUUCUCGAGAUAUCGUCGGUAA